AUGGUCGCGACCCCCAAUGUAACGCCCCCUCAUCCAUGGGCUGCAAGCAGACCGCAAUACACAAUUGAUACAGGACGCUCCAGUGGCACCAGCACCGCCAACGGGUCCUCUGCAUCUUCAUCGUCAGCAUUAUCCCGCAAAUCUGGCAGCAACACUAGCAACAGUACUACUAGCACAAACAAUACAAACACUCUCAGUUAUCAAGUACAACAAGCUCAAGUCCAAGCUCAACAAGAAGCUGCCGCUGCCAACGCGUACUUUGGAGCAUUCGGUACUCCAACUCUUUCGCAACAACCUGAUAUCAAGAGAACAACAACAAAUACAGGAACAGGAGAUUCGACGACAGGAAACACCAACGUUGCGUCGACGCAGAAUCAUACUCAGAAACAUCACCACCAUCAUCAUCACCAACAACAACAACAACAACAACAGCAGCAGCAGCCAUUAAGGUCCGGCUUAGGUUCUCAAACAUUUAAUAUGAAAAAUGGACGCGAAACUACUAGUGUGCCGUCGUCAACAUCAAAAUCAACAUCAACAUCAACAUCAACAUCAACUACCAACACUUCGAAUACCGCAGAGAGUGUAUCAACCAAUUCUACAACUGAUCCAACAGCAACGCGCGACCCCGCGUCGAUCACGGGGUCUCUCACAGCACAACCCCCACAUCCACAUCAACGGCCUUCUUCAAGUCUUUCACAACAGCAGCAGCAGCAGCAACAACAACAAUCAAGCUUGCGCGACGCCACGGGUUCCUCGCCAAUAGAUUCCCAGGGACCUCCCAAGAAAACGCGCUCCAAAAACUUUCUCCCCGGUGAGCGUGCGCUUCUCCUCAGAAUCCUCGACAUUGUUGCAGAGAGUGGCAGAGUUCCACCUCGCCAAGGGUUUGACUGGGACUACGUGGCUCGCGAGUUUAACCGCCGUAGACAACUUGGCGAAGGUCGUAGCACGAUUCUUGCUAAUGGUGUAGCUGGAGGUGCUGCUGCAAAACUUUCUGACGCAGCUGCAAGUGCGAUUGAAAACGGGCCCAUUGUGCUCCGCAGCGCUGUGUCCUUGCGACGGUUCUUUAACAGACUUAACCAUAGAACACUUAAAGGAGGUGGCCUAGAUACCGAAGAAGAUGUCCAGCUUAGUUUUGCACAUGCUGCAAAGUUAUUGGCAUGGGAAGAACGCAAUAGAAAAUCAACAGGGUUUGUAUCGGAACCGCAACCGGAAUUACAAACGGGUAAUGAAGGAGGGUCUGGUCCUGGCAUUCAACAAGAUCAAGCAGAAAAUCAACAACAACAACAACAACAACAGCAGCAGCAACAACAACAACAACAACAUCAUCAUCAUCAUCUAAAUGAUGAUAGCCCGACGAGCCCAAGAGCACCGGCCCUGGCAACUCCUCUUCGACGCAGAAGCUCGGCAGGACAUCUUGCCCACAUGGAUCAUGAAGCAGAUGCCGACGCUGAGGAUAAUGAUGACGACUUACAUUCUAAGCAUUCACAUGUCCAGCGUAGCAUUACAGGUGCCUCGGCUGUCACAGCUUCAGCUUCAGUUCCUGAUCUUGGGUUUUCAAAUCUGUUCAACGACGAUGUUUACGGACCAAUCGAUAUCCCACCACUCUCCCAAGGAUACCCAAUGCUAGACGGCAUGUUCACGCCGCACUACCAUGGAACUACAAGCGGGCGUGAAGGAACAGCUAGCGGCGGGCCUAAUCAUCGCAACAGCGGUAUAAGCGGGCGUUCACAAGUUUCCUCAUCUUCGCAACAACGCCGGCGAAGACGUCCCACAACUACCUCAUCUACAGGUUACGACAGCGGGAGCCGCCGGAAAUUACGGCGCAUGACACGAGGACUUAGCCAGGACGGUACUGCCGAGUUUUUGAAUUUCUCCGGAGGUAUGCCAUCGACCCCAGGCCCAUUUAUACACCUUGGUGGUGGUGGUGGAGGAGGAGGAGGCGGCGGUGCCACUGGUGUUCCUGGAGCUGCAGCUGCAGCUACCACUCCGGGACCGGGGUUUGGAAUUGCGGGUGCCCCCACGGGAGACGCUAACGCAACAGGGAACACAGGUGCACCCACAGGUGCAACAACACCUGGUGGGGUAGGUACAUCAGCUUCAGCAACCGCGUUUGUGGGUACCGGCACUGGAGGAAUUUCGACGGCGGGGUUGCGCCCAGAAGAUAUGGUUGUGAUGAAGGACCGGAUGAUUUUGCAGUUACACUCUACCAUUUACUCCAUGAUUGCAGAUCUUCGUGAAGCAACAGAACGAAUCCAGCGACUUUCUGAAAAUGAAGCGCGACUUGUUGCCCAAGAACAGCGUAGCCUCACGGAAAUGCGAAUGAUGGAAGUUUCUCAUCGUGAACAGAUUCAGAGCUAUGAGGAACGUAUCCAUGAUCUACAUCGCGAAAACAGUAAACUGCGACGACGCCAUGCCCGUCAGCUUAAAAAACUUGCUAAAUAUAUUCCUUCAAAUGUGGCCCAACAACAAACCACCGUCACAGACUCGGCGCGGGCGCCAAUCUCACCGGGACAGCAGCAACAAAUGGAUACCUCUAUAAGUACAGCAACUCAUAAAACAAACCGACUUGUAUCUCCACCGCCUCUGCACAUUUCAUCGCCCGUUCUCGGAGUGUCUGGAUUCACACAUGCUAUGCAUGCAAAUACAGGAACUUCCAAUACCGGAACUAGUACUUUAGCACCAAUGUCCUCUGUUACGCCUGCCAUAACCGGAGUUUCUCUUGGGCGACUCAAAAAACCAACAUCAUCUACUACUGCUGCAAAUUCAACACAGGCACAGGCAAAGUCUGUCAAACUACUAAGUCGCGAUACCAUCAUUAAAGACACGUUUUUUCGGGACGCAAGCGGCAGCAGCAGUGACACUCAUGGAGGACCAUCUUCUGUAUUUCCUAGUUCUUCUGCUCUUGCUGCAUCCCAGUUCCCAGAUGCUGCUCGCGCUGGAGCCUACCCAGACGCAAACAAUAAUGUGUUUGGGUUUGACAAUGAUGAUGACGACGACGACGAAAGUCAGAGCAGUAGCAGCGAUAAUGAUGCUGAUGUUCGCCGGCCUGGUAUCAACUUGGGGUACUCUCGAAAUGGAGGAGGAGGAGGAGGUUCUGGACCUUCUACAGCGUACGUGCCACCUGUGCCUGCAGUUGGACCAGCAUUGACAGAGGUUGCCCCGCCACAAGCACGCAAAAUGGUGGAAAGUAGUAGUAGCAGUAGCAGUGAUGAGGAAAGUAAUGGGGCAAGUGUAAUGAUUAAGCAGAUUUUGAAGAAGAAGCCGGAAACCAAUAAAAGUUGA